AUGGCACCCCGACAUGACAAAUUCUCCGCGCAGACGGUCCUCGGACCACCAGCAGAGCGCACGCUUCGAUUCACGGAGAAUGGCACUUUCCACAUCUCAGUCUUCGAAGACUUGCAUUUCGCCGAAGAUGAAAUCAAAGAUGCGAAAUCGACAAAGGUGAUGAAAUACAUCCUCUCAAAAGAGCAAAUCGACUUCGUAGUCCUGAAUGGCGACCUGGUAUCAGGCGAGCGGACCCGAAAAGCCGACUCGAAGAAAUACGUCGACAGAGUCGUUUCCCCGCUCCUCGGCGGGGGAUACAAAUGGGCCUCGACCUACGGCAACCACGACAGCGAGGUCAACCUCGACCCCAAGGAGGACAUGUUCAAAGCCGAGACGCGCCACGCUAACAGUUUGACGGAGAGUAAAGUCUUCGGGCUUAAGGCUGGCAUCACGAACUAUUACCUACCGGUGUUUUCUCAUGGGGCUUCGGAAACAGAUAAGCCGACCCUUAUUCUUUGGUUCUUUGAUACUAAGGGUGGGCAUUAUUAUCAGCCCGAGGGGCAUGGGGGGCCAUCCGUUAAGAGGCCGAGUUGGAUUGAUGAAUCGUCGAAGUGGGGCGUUAUUCCCUCGUUGGCUUUCUAUCAUAUCCCCGCUCAUGCAAUGUUGGAGUAUCAGAGCAAGAACCGUGUUGACCCGCGUCGAAACCCUGGUAUCAAUCGCGAAAGGGUUAAUCCGCAGGGUACUGGCGAAUGGAGCUACGAUAGCCAGGAUGUCAAGUUCAUGAAGGCCCUUCUUCGUACUGAGGGGUUGAUUGCUGGAUUUAGCGGUCAUGAUCAUCAGAAUGAUUGGUGCUUCAAAUGGGACGGCUCACUGGUCGACCAUGAUCUAACCGGAAGCGGCAUAAACAUGUGUUACGGCCGGCAUACGGGGUACGGGGGAUAUGGUGAUCUAGCCCGCGGAGGCCGUCAAAUCCUCCUCGACGAGAAGACUCUCAAGGAAGGAAUCGAGACUUGGAUUCGAUUGGAAGAUGGAACCAUUUCUGCGCACGUCACGUUGAACUCGACUUAUGGUCAGGAUCCGUAUCAGGCUGUCACGAAUAGUGGUACGCCAAGACCGAGCGUGCAUUCGGAGGGCUCGGUAUUCUCUUUCUUCUGGCUGUUCAUCCCAUUGUCUAAACUCUUCCGCUGGUAG